AGAGAGAGGAGGCGGCGCCCUGCGCCUUCUGGAUCGAGCCACGGCUCAACUGGGAGGCCAAGCGGGCGGAGCCGCGGCCCUGGAGGCCCCGGACCCCAGGAGGCUCAGUCCCUUGGGCCGGCUCCGCUCCGCCUCACACCCCGGCCGGACCGGGCCUCGGCUAAGGAUGUGAAACGGAUAUAAAUAUAAAAAAAUCGUCCCUUUGCACACUCCAUCAUUGUCUGCUAGAAUGUUUCUAAUGAAUGCCCCUCCUGUGAUUGCUCUACAGUCAAAAUGGGAGUCAUUUGGACAGUCAGGGAGUUUUAGAUUUCCUGUGUGUUUCUCAGAAUCUGAAGAGGAUAUUGCUAGAGCAUCUGUAAGUGCAAAAGUUCAAAUGAUCAUAAACAACCUGCAAAGUGAGGAAGCUUCCUUGGGUAUGAACAAUGAGUACAUUAUGCAGAAAAAUCAAAGGGGAGGUAAAUACAGAGGAGCCAGAAUUGCAGCUGCUAAUACGAUUGUGCUCAAAGAGCACUCUACAUAUGCCAAAAGUGAAUUGUCUACUGAAUAUAACCGCAUGGAAGAAGACUCCUCUGAUUUUGGACCUCUCGUAUUAGAAUCAGAUAGCGAUGAUUCUGUGGACAGAGAGAUAGAGCAAGCAAUACAGGAAUAUCUAAAGGAGAAAAGCAACACUAUUCAGUCAUUACCCAGCAGCAAUGCAACUUGUUUUGGAACAACAGAUGGGAAUAACAGAGUCAAACACGAUCUCCCUCAAAACAAUGUGACCACUCACCUACCUCCUAUGAAAUUUAAAUCUGAUGUGGUAUCAGAAGGUGUCAUUUGCAACCCCAAGGAAAUCCAUGAUAAGCCAAGGGCUAGUUCUCCUCUUAGUGUAAGUAGUGAUGACUCUUUUGAGCAGAGCAUACAAGCUGAAAUAGAACAGUUCCUAAAUGAGAAGAAGCAACAAGAAGUCCAUAAAUAUGGUAUCCCUUUGGAUAAAAGAACAGAGCAAAAAGAGGUCUUGGUGAAAGCAGCAUCUAAAUCCAAUAAAGAAUCUAUUGUGAAAGCAAAUCGCCAAGAUUUAAAGCAGGGAUGUAAGGAGUUAAUCUCCAAGCAGUAUCCAGAAUUGGGGAAGACUAAUGUACAUCCCAAGUACUUCAAACCUAAAAUCAGCACAGAAUCUGAAAACUUUAGUAAUAUAAGGCUGGCGCCUCCUAAACUGGCAGGUGCUUGCCAUCAUUUAGAAACAGCACAAAAUAAAGGUGUAGAGAAAAAGCAUUCCUGGGCAAACAGAAGGGAACAAAGAAUCAAAAGUGCAGCUCUUGUUUAUGAUAUAUCUGAUUCAAGUAGUGAUGAUGGCAUUGAAGAAGCCAUUCAGAUGUACCAAUUGGAGAAAACAAGAAAGGAAGCCAGUUCUACAGCAGAUAAUAACCUAUUGCAAAAAAUACCGCCCAGAGAUGACAAAGUAUCAGACUUUGCCUCAAGUAUUGCAGUUGGUUCUUCAAAAAGUGCCUUGCUUGAAAGCCACAAAAAAACAUUGAAUAGCAAGAGGAAACAGACUGCUACAAAGGUUACGGAACUGAGCAAUAUUAGCUGUGAUUCCAACAAACUCUUAAAACCACUGAAAGAAACCAAAGUUUCUACACCUCCUAUGAAUACAAUUGCCAAAUGUGAGUUUACAGUACAGCCCUCAUUCCAGGCUGAAACAUCUGCUGAGUUAAUGUGUGCAGAAGCUAUACUUGACAUUUACAAAACAAUCAUGCCUUCCCAUGUGGAAAGCAAUGACAGAUCACUUUCUACAAACCCUCUCUUCUCUUCCCAAAAUGUGCCUUCCCACCCUGACAGUGAUAGCAGCUUGGUAGAUAGUGAUGACAGCAUUGAACAAGAAAUCCGAACCUUUUUGGCUCUAAAGGCACAAUCAGAACAUUUGCUGGCCAAAUCUGAAAACCUUUCCAAGUCUGGGCAGGGACCACUAUUGCCUGAACACAGAAAUCAGGGCAAUAGCCCCAAAACCCCUCUUUCUAAGACACUGAAGUUAUCACUGUGUUGCAAAAGGAAACUUAAAGGGGAAAGGAAAGUGAUAAAACAACCAACACCGAAGAAAACUAAAGGGUUAGAAAGAGAAUGCCCCCAGGAAACUGAGUAUGGUCAGGUGAAAAUUCAUAUGUUCCAAGAAAAAAAAGAUAUAACCAGGCAAAAUAAAAUCUGUAAAUCUAAAGGCAGGGAGGAUGAGAUGACUUGUCAGUUCCUCUCUUCCAAUUUUGUUGGGCUUAUUGACGAGCACAUUGCCUUAGACUUGAGAAGUAGUUUAUCACAAGUCCAUGGUAAAGUUGCACAGGGGAGAAAUUUGGAAAAAGAGGGACUUGGUUCUGGUGAUAAAAGCAGUUCUUUGGAUAGUGAUGAAGACCUUGACACAGCCAUUAAGGACCUGUUAAAAUCAAAACGUAAAUUAAAGAAAAGAUGCAGGGACCCGAAAAGUCACUGUAAAAAAAAGGUUAAGCUUAGUAGCACAGGAACCCAAUUUUUAGAUAAAUUUAAUAAGCUUCAAAAACACUGGAAAAAUAAGAGUCCUCACUUACUGAAAAGCUGUCUCCCAGGAUCUAAAAGAGACAAUAGGGAGAACACAAUAAAGAAGCCUUUGAACACUUGUAACAAUAGAACAGAAAGAGGGAAACAGGGAAAAAAACAUGAGAAUUUACAGCUGGCAUUCCAAUUAGAGAAAAAAAUAUUCUCAAAACCUCUUUUAGUUUCAGAUGAUAUGGAAAUCAGUGAAAAUCAGAGCUCUGCUUUCAGCACAAUCUCACUCUCUGAUGACAGUAGUUCAGUGGAUAGUGAUGAUAGCAUUGAACAAGAAAUUAGGAAGUUUUUGGCAGAAAAAGCCAAAUAUUCCACGAGCAGUUCAGAAAUUCAGGAAGGUAAUGUAACAACAGCCCUUGGAAUAGGAGGAGUUUCUAAACCAGAGUUUAUUAGUGGAAAAGAGAAGCACCCCUCCAUGGGAUGUCAGCCUGGCUUGUUAUCCAGUCAAAGUCCAAAAAAUAUCAUAGUUUCUCAGAAAGCGGAGGACCUAAAAAUCUCUGAUAAAACUGUAAUACAAAGUGCAAUAAAUAUUUUAAAUGAUGGUAGGAAAAGUGCAUCCUGUCCUGGGAAUAUCUACCUCCAUUCUACUUUGGCUGUAAAAACCAAACAUGAGACAGUGGCACCUAAAAGUUGUGGCAGUUUAUCUGUAAAGGAAGCACCAAUAGAUAAAAAAGAAGUCUGUAUCAAAGACCAAAGUCAAAAAAAUCUUGAACCCACUGAUACAGAAAAUGUCAGUAGGUUGCAAAACUAUCAUAUUACCACUCCAGAAAAAAGUAGCUCUUUUCAGGGAAAGUGUUGCAGCAAAAGUACAUGUGACCAAAAAAUUGUACCUGAAAGUGAGAGAAAUUUGUCUUUACACAACAGGCAGUGUGCUCUGCAGGGUAAUUUUGUGCAUGAAGGAGUGUUCCAGAAUAUUUGUGUGCUUAACACAGAAGGUAGAGAAACAGGCAAGAAAGGGAAUCAUAGGAAGGAAAGAGGGAAAGGAUUAAAGGAACAAACCAAGAGUUCUACAAAUUGUACAAUAGAUCAUCAGCAAAGUUUACAUUUGGCUGGAUUUCAUUCCCUGAUUCCACCUGGAGUAUUUAAUUUUGGAAAGAGUAUGACUCAAGGAAACAAACAAACAAGUCUUUUAGAUUCAAGCCAGGGCGUCCCUUUGCAGGUGCCCCUCUUCACCUCAUUAAAAGAGAACAAAUUGAGCAAAGAUUCAGGAAUAUUUGGAAGUUCAUACUUACUUUUGAAGAAGGAAGGAUCUGACUGGCAAAAUAGAAAGACACAGGCAGAGCUAAGCAUACCUGGAGUAAAGAAAUUCAGUCCAGAAGGGAAAAUACUAGAUUUAAGAAAUAGAAAGGUUGUUGAUAAAGACAUCCUAGAUCAGAAAGUAUUAGAGAAUGAUUCCAGUGAAUUUGAUGAUAUAUCCCUAGAGGAAAACAGAAGUUCAGUGGUAAAGGGAAAGAUCCUAAAUUUGUAAGUACAUUUUCCCAUGGUUUUCAUGAGUCUUUGUAUAAAUUAGUGGAGUGUAGAUAAAGAGCUAGAAUUGCAAAAGAGCUCAAUAGUUUAUUGAGAGCUUGGAAUU